UUUAUCUGCUCUGUCCCUACACUUUCGCUUUAGUUGAGAUCUGCGAGGAGAACGAACUCUCACUUCUAAGGAGACGAAAGACAAAAGGCUCCCAAACAUGAUGCUUUUAUUAACUCUCGCAGCUCUGCUGACUACCUCAUUUGGAGAGGAUCCUACACACACCCCACCCAAGGUCCAGGUGUACAGCCACCAUCCAGGAGAGUUUGAUAAAGAAAACACCCUAAUCUGCCAUGUGAGUGGAUUCCACCCCCCUGACAUCACCAUCCAGCUCAUGAAGGACAACGAGGAGAUCCCCAAUGCCAAGCAGACCGACCUGGCCUUCAAACAAGGCUGGCGCUUCGUCCUGACCAAGAACGUGGCCUUCACCCCGAUGCGUGGGGAAAAGUACAGCUGCAAAGUCACACAUGGGACGACCGUUCGAGACUACGCCUGGGAAUCAAACAUGUAAAGCACAUGUCAGCGUAGGCCAAGAUCGUUGAGUUCAGGUCCUUAUGUCACAGCUGUGGGUGAAACCACAGCGUGAUGUUUAGCCGAAGUCUCCAUUGGCUGUAUUGACGCUGUGAUGUUCCUGUCUUUGUCAAGAGUGAAAAUGACUAAACCAGCUUCUAUUCAACACAUCUUCAAUAAACAUGAUCCUAAUUGCUUUUGACUUCUUCCUUCCACAAAGCCUAAAUAUCAAUAUCACACCAAUGAAAUAACCUCAACUAUCUGAAUGAGGGAGAAUGCAUGGGCUGCAGGGCGUUGCAAUUUAAAGUUUUGCUUUGAAUCCUUAUUUUUGGGCUUUUGAUACUGAAUUGUGUGUACCUGAAAAUUAAAUGUUUGUUUGUUGAGAUUUAAUGAUAUUUCUCUUUCUAGAUGAGACUCAAAUGCUACUUGGUCCGAUAGAAAAUAUACAAUGGGUGUAAUGAGUAUAAGGUGUGUGUUCUACAAUUUUGAUUUGUUAUGUACGGUAUUUGUUUAUUAAAUAAAUGCCUCUUUAAAUCC